AUGUGCAAGGCAUUAAUGGCAGUUCAGUAUUUAUGGAAUGGCUUACAGCAAAGGAGAAACUCACGGCAGGACGGAGUUUAUGGUACUACCUGUCCGAUUCCACCGAGGAAAAACUUCACUUACGUCCUUCAAGCGAAGGACCAGAUAGGCACCUAUUUCUAUUUUCCAUCACUUGCGCUCCAUAAGGCAGCCGGAGGAUAUGGUAGCAUCAAAAUUUCCAGCCGUCCUCGAAUUCCAGUACCUUUCCCUCCUCCUGCUGGGGAUUGGUUCAAGAGAAGUCAAAGGGAUGGAGUUUAUGGUACUACCUGUCCGAUUCCACCAAGGAAAAACUUCACUUACGUCCUUCAAGCGAAGGACCAGAUAGGCACCUAUUUCUAUUUUCCAUCACUUGCACUCCAUAAGGCAGCCGGAGGAUAUGGUAGCAUCAAAAUUUCCAGCCGUCCUCGAAUUCCAGUACCUUUCCCUCCUCCUGCUCGGGAUUAUGCCGUCCUUGUUGGGGAUUGGUUCAAGAGAAGUCAAAGGCAACUGACUUAUUUCUUGGAUACCAGUCACAAUCUUCCCUUCCCUGAUGGCCUUCUGAUCAAUGGUCGAGGGUGGAAUGGAUACACUUUUACGGUUGAUCAAGGUUCAGGAUAUCGAAUGUCGGACUUACAACUUCCAUUAACUUCAGAAUCCAGGGACACACAAUGA